UUUGGCGUCGACCGUAUAUAAUGGACGAAUAAUUCAACGGUGAAAAAAUGACAAAAUGUGACGGCUAGAUUUUGGAUGCAGAAUCCUGGAAACCUUCUGCUCAUGCGCCAAACAAGACGCUUACGGUGCUGGUGGAGAGAGAGACGGUUUACUCGUUGAACAUGGGCUGAACCAGGGAACCGUCUCUCUCUCCACCAGUGCCGUAAGCAUCAUGUUUGGCGCAUGUGCAGAACGUUUCCAGGAUUCUGCAUCCAAAAUGUGGCCGUCAUUUCCUGCGAUUUGAAUUAUUCGUCCAUUAUAUACGGUCGACGGAAUUUGGAAAAUUUGUUCGCGAGUGUUUUUUAAUUAAAAAAUUGGUUGUUCUUUGAAAUUUUGAUACGUUUUUGUAGUCAAGAUGAAGCAUAAAGUUUCAAACCAAGCUUAGUUACCGUAUCGAUGAUUAUUCCAGCGAUGGCUGAACGCGAUUGCAUCGCAGCUUACCUUACGGAUGAUAUCCUGGAUAUUUUAUUCACUUACUUAAAUUUAGAAGAUUUUAAAAAUUGUGCGUUAGUAUGUCGUAAUUGGUACAGAUAUUUCCAACAAGAGAACAGUUUACCAUGGCGGGUACAGUGUGGUAAAAUUCUCCCCGAAGGAACAUCCGCUGGAAUUCUGUGUUCGUUGAAAACUUGCAAAAGUAAAGUUCGAGCCUAUGCUCAUGCAUGGAAUGCGAACGAUUGUUCGAAAAAUAUAUUUGUUAAACCCGAUGGAUUCACACUGCAUAGGAAUCCUGUUGCUCAAAGUACUGACGCUAUUCGAGCGAAAAACGGAUUCAAUCAUGGCAGACAUAUAUGGGAGGUUAAAUGGGGAAGUCCAUUAGGAACCGUCGCCGUAGUCGGUGUUGCUACCAAAGAUGCUUCAUUGCAAUGUAAUGGAUACGUGCCGCUUAUUGGGAACAACGAAUAUAGUUGGGGUUGGAAUUUAGUGGAGAAUAAUCUAAUGCAUAAGGGUAAAUUAUGUGGUAGUUACCCUCUGUUACCCAACGCUCCAAAAUAUGAGGUUGACGAGAAAAUACGAGUCAUUUUGGAUUGCGAACGUGGCACUUUGGCAUUUGAAAAAAAUCACGAAUUCCUAGGUGUUGCAUUUAAAAAUUUACCCCGAAAUAAACGAUUGUAUCCUGCUGUUUCAGCCGUGUAUGGUAAUAGUGAAAUAAUUAUGAUUUACCUCGGAGAGCCGUACGAUGGCUAAAUACGAUAAUCAAGCGAACAUUUUAGUUCAUUAUAUUAAUUCCAUGUACAAGUUUUUGAAAGAGAUUUAAUGGAAUUAAUUUCAAAAGCAAUCGUGUUAGAUACAAAAAUGGAACGAUGAAAAAGUUGGUGUUGAAAAACACAUUAUAGAUCUUCGAAAGUACGAGAAGAUGAUGUUUUCUUUGAAUCCUCGCACUGGCAUUGCUUUUGCAUCUUAUUUUGUUUUACUUCUUCCAUGCCUGGCCUCACGGUGAUAUUUUUCGCAACGAAUUUCUUGCUGUACUCCUGAAAU